AUGCCUCCCAGCAUUGCCGUCAUCCAGAACGCCGAUCAGGUUGAGCCGAGUGUUCAUGAUGAUGCAGGUGUUUAUCUGGAUUUCAUUGGCACUAGCGAGACCUCAGACCACCCUUUGGCAGUUGGUGUCUGGGACAUUUACGAUUUUGAAGAGCCAACUCCGUCAGGAAUAGCCGAGACCACUGAGUGCAAAUAUAUCGUCAGAGGCGAGGCAGUUGUUAAGAAUGAAUGGACCGGGGAAACGCACGAUUUGAAGCCUGGAUCCCUUCUCUGGAUCCCUGCCGGCGCCAAAAUGUCUCUUGUCAGAUCCAAUAACUGCAGAGCUAUCUACGCGGAGGUGCGCCAGGUUAGUAACACGACCGACACCAACGACGGGCGCGCUGUUACCUUGCAAAGCCACUUAGACCGUCUUAUCGGCGCCUUUGUCGCUCGCAAUCCGCUCUCUAAAAAAGCCAUUGAGCGAGCGCGGGUAGGAAUUCCCAGUGGAACCACACGCUCUGUCUCUGUCCUUGACAGUGAUCCGUUUCCUCUCGUGGUCAAGUCUGGUGCGGGAGCGACAUUGACAACGGUCGACGGUGAAACGCUCAUCGAGUUCCAGUCCGACUUCACCGCCGGACUCUUCGGCCACUCGAGCCCAGAGUUGCGGGACUCCAUCAUUGCUGCGGCAGAGAAUGGCUUCAGCCUGGGCGCUGUCACAGAGCUCGAGAGCGAGCUUAGUGAAGCUAUCAGACGGCGGUUUCCAAGCAUCGAAAAGGUACGCUUUUGUAAUUCAGGUACGGAGGCCAACAUGUACGCCAUAGGGGCGGCACUUGCGUAUACAGGCAAGCGGAAGGUGCUCGUUUUUGACCAUGGUUACCACGGCGGUACUCUGAGCUUUGGCGAUGGCCCCAACCCGCUGAACAUUCCCCAUGACUUUGUUGUCGGAACGUACGAUAGCAUCGAGAAAACGCGUACGGUACUCAGUGGGGACAUCGGCGUCAUUCUAGUUGAGCCGAUGCAGUCGGCCGGAGGGAUGCGAGCCGCGUCCCGCGAGUUCCUUGCAUUUUUACGCAGCACAGCUGACACGCUCGGGGCUGUACUGAUUUUUGACGAGGUGGUAACAUCCCGACUCGACUACCACGGCAUGCAAGGCCAGCUCGGUGUGAAGCCCGACAUGACAACACUGGGGAAAUACCUCGGUGGAGGGUUGCCCUUUGGAGCUUUUGGGGGUACUACAGCGGUGAUGGCGCAGUUUGAUGGCGGAAGCGGGAACGCAGCAAAGCUCUCACAUUCGGGUACAUUCAACAACAACGUCUUCACUAUGAGUGCGGCUGUUGCGGCCGCGAAACUUGUUACGGCGCCUGCCAUUGACAGGAUCAACAGACUUGGGGACAGGAUCAGAGAGGGCGUCGCUGCGGCGGUGAAGGCAUGCGAUAAGCCUGUGGGGAUCAUUCCCUUGGGUGUGGGAAGCUGUGUAGGCCUUUACUUCACAGGCUCUGAGGGCGACACACUGCGUGAGAUAAUGUUUUUUGAGAUGCUUCAGCAAGGAUUGUGGGUGGGACGUAGGGGAUUCCUCGCGCUCAACUUUGCGCAUACAGAGGAGGACGUGGAUAUGUUUUUGCGAGUUUUCGUAAAGUUCCUUGACUUGUACAUUUAG